GACCUACGUCGCGGUCUUGAUAACGGCGACCUCGCAACCACAGGCCUGACCGGCAGCACAAGACAGGGACUCGCGCGGCGAGGCGGCUACUUCGGAGUUCGGGCCUGCCGGCGGGCUGCGGCAUCCAUCGCCCGGCGCUCCGUGUCUUCGCACUGCGCAGCUGCAACGAACAGGCAGAAACAGUGAACACCGUGAGUUCAGUUUGAAUUUCAGUUGGGGACUGUGAAUUCGGUCCUCUUCGCUAUCAAUUUAGAAACUGAGAACUCUGAAUUUCGUAUGCAUCGUCCAGUGUGUCUGAACUUUUGUUUUCUUCAUUAUUACUAUGCAUCCCUUUGACUCAUGAACAAAUGCAACGGUUAUUACUGAAUUUUUCUCCCUACUCUAAGGAUUGGAAUACACAGCGUCGAAAUUCUUCUGUCCGUCUGCUGUCGGGACUGAGCCGCAGCACCUCGCGCGGCACCUGUUCGACGAAUUACCCCGCCCAAGUAGGUCCUCUAGUCUCUUGCCAUGAAAAUGCUAUUGCUAGGGGCUGCGCUCUGCCGACCACCAUUACCGUGUCCCUCCACCUCCAGCUGCUCCCUGACGUCGAGGCAUAAUUGCUCCACAUCUCCUUUUCCGCGGCAGCCAGGCGUGGUUAUGCACCGGCGCAUGUACCCCAAGAUCGAGGCCACAGCGAGGCACGGCGCGAGGAAGGAGAAUGCCAAGGUCAGGAACCGCAGGCACCAGAAAAAGUUCAAUGGCACAGAGACGAAGCCCAGACUGUCCGUCUUUUGCUCCAACAAACAGCUAUACGCCAUGCUCGUCGAUGACCACGGCAAGAGGAUGCUGUUCUAUGCCAGCACCCUGCAGGAGGCCAUCUGCGGCGAACCGCCCUGCAGCACUGUGGAGGCUGCUCGGAAGGUCGGGGAGGAGCUGGUCAAGGCGUGCAAGGAGCUCGACAUCUCUGAGGUCUCAUGCUACGACCGCAAUGGAUUCGCUCGAGGGGAGAAGAUGAUGGCGUUCGAGGAUCCGAUCGCGCAGCAUGGGUUCCUGCCGAGAUAGCAGAAACAUGGCAUGGCAGGUUUGCAUUGCCUGUUCAGAGUAGAGAUUAUUUAGGGAAGAGUAGGAAGAAAGUUGUUUGCUCUGUGAGUUGCUUGCCGGAUGUAUGAUCCGAAGAACGUUGUUCACGCCAG